AUCCCAUUUGCUUCAACCAUUCUUCUAUACUUCUCAUUAUUCUUGUCUCUCUCUCUCACACACACAUACACGCAAUGGCUUUGAAGGCCGUUCAUGUCUCCGACGUUCCCAAUCUCGAUCAAGUCACCGAAAACCCCUCCUUGGCACUCUACUCCACUCGUUUCACCAAAGGGGUUGUUGAUCAUGAGGUGGUGAAAUCAAGUUCCUUUAGAAUUCCGAAAUUUGCAGUGAUUGGGCACAGAGGAAGUGGAAUGAAUGUGUUGCAGUCCUCUGAUAGGAGAAUGAAGGCCUUUAAAGAGAACUCCAUUCUCUCUUUCAAUGCUGCUUCCACUUUCCCUGUUGAUUUCAUCGAGUUUGAUGUUCAGGUGACUAAAGAUGACAGCCCCAUCAUUUUUCACGACGACACCAUCCUCUCUCAAGAAAACGGUACUGUAAUUGAGAAGAGAGUGACAGAGUUGUCUCUCUCUGAGUUUCUUCUCUAUGGUCCCCAAAGAGAACCCGAGAAGUUGGGGAAGCCUCUCCUAAGGAAAACCAAAGAUGGCAAAAUUAUAAGCUGGAAUGUCGAAAACGAUGACUCCCACUGUACCCUUGAAGAAGCAUUUCAGAUGGUCAACCCUUCUCUGGGCUUUAACAUUGAGCUGAAGUUUGACGACAACAUUGUCUAUCAACAACAUCAUCUCACCCAUGUUCUCCAAACCAUCUUGAAGGUGGUGUUUGAACACGCCAAAGACAGACCUAUCAUUUUCUCCAGCUUCCAACCUGAUGCAGCACUUCUUGUCAAGAAAUUGCAGAGCUCCUACCCUGUGUUCUUCCUUACAAACGGAGGAGCUGAGAUUUACAGUGAUGUGAGAAGGAAUUCGUUGGAGGAAGCAAUAAAGGUGUGCUUAGAAGGUGGUUUGCAAGGCAUUGUUUCAGAAGUUAAAGGAAUCUUUCGAAAUCCGGCAGCUGUAACCAAGAUUAAAGCGUCUAAGCUCUCACUCCUAACAUACGGCAAAUUGAACAAUGUGGUGGAAGCAGUCUACUUGCAGCAUCUAAUGGGUGUGGACGGCGUGAUUGUUGAUUUGGUUCAGGAAAUUACAGAGGCUGUUACCAACAUGAUUAAGCCAUCGGAGGUGGUGGAUGAAGGAGAGAUGAUACUCUUGGAGGGGUUGGAGCAGAUUCAAAUUGAAGCCAAACCACAGUUCUCACAAAGGGAGCUGUCAUUUCUGUGGAAGUUGAUACCAGAAUUAAUACAGCUAUAAUAUAUAUAUAUAUAUAUUCAAUUCUUAUACAUUAAAAUACAUUAGAGAUGGAAAAAGGCCAGCCUAUGUACAAACAGUUUAGAGGAACUCUGGCUACCUCCAUGCUUCAAAAUUUAGGUAACAAGUUUAGAGGGAAAAACCUAGUGAAAGUCGUUUCUUGCUACUUUUACUUGAACAUUGUACUACUUUUGAGAUAAAUAUAAGCCAACAAUGUUCAA